AUGUACAUAUCCAGUUACAUCGACAACUAUGAAGUUUCAAACAAAGAUCUACCUUCAGGGAGAGUGAGCGUCAGGGCUAGCUGUUACAGGUCCAUGAGGAAGCAUGAAAAGCCUCACGAUCUCAGAAUUGUCUUUGAGAACUGCUCACCCGUGGAGAUUGCAGUGGCAAAGUGUUCCUGUGUAGCUGGAACAGCACUCUGCAACCACAAUGUUGCUCUGCUGUUCCAGACCGCACACUACUCCACACUCAACCUGGCUGCUGUACCCCCUGUCCUCAGCUGCACUGAAACAGAGCAGCGAUGGCACAAGCCAAGAACCAUGGGUGUGAAACCAGGCAGAGUGAGUGACAUGGUGUUCAUUUCCACUAAGCCAAAGCAGUUUACAGUUGCUGACGGUGUAAGGAGUACACGUUACAAGGCCGUGCGGGGGGAGCUGCCAGACCCAGAUGUCCUCAAAGUCAGCGAGGUAUACAAGGACUUCUCAGCAGACAUCGCACCACUGAUCACCACCAUGGCUAUAAGUGUGGACGUGCCACUGGUUAACUCCACCUUUGGAAAAGUUCAGGAAGGUAGCCCUAUCUCAUACCAGCAUCCACUACCUCUUAGCCGGGUUAUAGUGCGUCACCCAGAUGCCCCUCCACCACCUGUGGAUGGCUAUAGGCUGGAGCCUACCACCUGUGAGUUUGUGUGCAGUCACCAACAGCACCUCCAUCUACUGUCACUUGCGACAACAUUGCUCAUGGCAAAGAAAAUCGAGGUGGCCACAAGGGAGCAGAGCGACAGUGUGGAAUGGCACCGUGUUAGGAGGCCAAGAAUAACUUCUUCCCGUUUCAGGGAAGUAUGCCAUGUUCGAGGUCAGAGUUCGGCUGAAAACUUGGCACAACGGAUUCGGAAGGGAGUGGCGCAAACGGCAUCAAUGAAGAGGGGACUGGCACUGGAACCGGUUGCCAUCCAGGAAUACUGCCGGAUUAAAAACACCAAUUACUGGCCGUGUGGGUUUGUCAUUCACCCAGAUGCCCCCUGGUUAGGGUCAUCUCCUGACGGUCUGGUGUUUGACCCAACUGAGAGCCCACCUUUUGGACUUGUUGAAAUAAAAUGCCCAAAUGCAAAAAGUUAUGUGGACUGUAGCUACUUAAAAAUGCAAAGUGGCACAUUAAAUAUGAAGCAAGGAGGAUAUCCUUAUACAGCGUAUCUGCAGAGACUGCGAGGUGGCUACAACCAUUAG